UCAUUCCAAAAUCCCACACACACCACAAAUCAUAGAACUCACUGCUUCUAUACUACAAAAAUGCAGUAUUACGGAACCCAUGAAAAAGAAUACUACGAUGUGGCUCACGGCCAGAGCCGCCAGAGCAAUAGCCAGAACCACCAGGGAUAUGACCAGAGCCAAAGUCGUCCAGUAUAUGGCCAUAGCCCUACUCUGAACUACCGUAGCCACGGUGGGUUUCUUGAUGGGCUAUUCAAGGGUCGAAAUGGCCAAAAGGGUCAGAACGGCCUAGGAUCGUUUCUAGGGAAACACAAGAGCCAAGAGGCUAACAAGGGCCAUGGACAUGGGAAGCUCUUAGGACAGCACCAGAAGACAAAUCAUGAGACAAACAAAGUUACCAAUGGCCUAGGUCUGUUCAUAAACAAUGGAGAGAAGAAACAUAAGAAGCAAAAUGAAGAAAAGAAGAAGAAGAACAAGGAUGGGCAUGAGAGUGGAAGCAGCAGCGGUAGCGACAGCGACUAAAUAAAAUGCUUUCAUAAAUGUUAUGGGAUCAAAUUCUGCAGUGACACACAUGGGAUUCCAAAAUUCUAAAAUGACCCACUCAUAAUUUGUAUUUCUUUUACAUUAAAUUUAAAAUACAAAACAA